AUGGAAGAAGAUCUAAAUCAAAAUGAGGAAGAGACUAAAGAAGAAGCUGAAAAAGAAACUAAGGAUGAAACGGAUGAGGAAACUAAUAGUAUUAAUAGACCAAAUAUUAAUAAAAUUAUUAAUUUAGUCAAAACUACAAUUUAUAAUACUCCUUUUAAUUACUUUGAUUCUCCACCAAAUUUGAUUUUACUUGCAAGUAUUUUAGAUCCUAGAUUUAAAAGGAUGAAAGGAUGGCCAGAAGAAGAAAAAGCAAGAACAAUUACUUUAUUAAGAUCUGAAUAUGUUUACUUUAAAAAUAAAGAACUAUUAAAGAGUAAUCAUGAGUCUAGUAAUAUAAACAAAUAUCAGUUUAAAGAGCUUAAAGAAAAAUGA